AGGAAGUGCUUGGGGAGGAUGCAGGGGCCCUGGAAACAACAGAAGAAACUUUUCCAGCUUCUCAUGUCAGCUCUUCACUGGAAGAGUGCCCCGCCAUUCCUCAGGAGGGGAGCCCUGGAGACGGAGCGAUGGGAGCCGCCGUUCACGAGGCCGGGACUCAGGACCUGGAGGAUGCGGCGGUCCCCUUCGCCCGCAAGGAGAGGGGCCAUUUGGUCCCGGCGCGGUGCAACAUGCACUGGGGAAUGAUGCUGGGGAAUUAUCGGAAACGCUCCUCGCUCAGACGUUCAAUUCCCAGACCUAACCUCAUCUCCCAGCUGAAAGAGGAAGAUCCGUGUAACCUGGAUAUGCGGGAAACUGAGGAAAGCGAGACCCGGAGAGACGCCUUCAUAGAUUACGAGCCCGGAACCGACCCCCGGGAGCCGGUUUCCCCCAAGCCAGACAUUUUCGAAGAAGCCGAUUCGUCCAGAGCGCUGCUGCUCAAACUCCCGCCGAACAGCGUCAUGGUCUCCAUGGACGAGAACGCGUCCGACCCCGAGGACGGAAAUCUCCAGGAAGCCCAGGAGUCCUACGAGUGGGGCUCGUUCGUCGUGGACCCGCAGCAGCUCACCGCCGAAGAGAAGCCCUACAAGUGUGGCGAGUGCGGGAAGGCCUUCAAUCACCCGUCCGCCCUGGUCAAGCACCAGAGGAUUCACACCGGAGAGAAGCCCUUCCAGUGCAACGAGUGCGAGAAGGCCUUCAGCCGCCACUCCACCCUCAUCGUGCAUCAGCGGAUGCACACCGGGGAGAAGCCCUACCAGUGCAACGAGUGCGGGAAGGCCUUCAGCCACCACUCCACCCUCAUCAGACACCAGAGGAUCCACACCGGGGAGAAGCCCUACCAGUGCAGCGACUGCGGCAAGGCCUUCAGCGACCACUCCAACCUCAUCAACCACCAGAGGAUCCACACCGGGGAGAAGCCCUACCAGUGCAACGAGUGCGGGAAGGCCUUCAGCCAGCUCUCGGCCCUCAUCGAGCACCAGAGGAUGCACACCGGCGAGAAGCCCUACCAGUGCAACGAGUGCGGGAAGGCCUUCAGCCGCCACUCGACCCUCAUCGUCCACCAGAGGAUUCACACCGGGGAGAAGCCCUACCAAUGCAGCGAGUGCGGCAAGGCCUUCAGCCACCACUCGACCCUCAUCAUCCACCAGAGGAUCCACACCGAAGAGAAGCCCUACCAGUGCACUGACUGCGGCAAGGCCUUCAGCGACCAUUCGAACCUCAUCAAUCACCAGAGGAUCCACACCGGGGAGAAGCCCUACCAGUGCAACGAGUGCGGAAGGGCCUUCAGCCAGAUCUCCGCCCUCUUCGAGCAUCAGCGGAUGCACACCGGGGAGAAGCCCUACCAGUGUAACGAGUGCGGGAAGGCUUUCAGCCGGCGCUCCACCCUCAUCAGGCACCAGAGGAUCCACGCCGAGGGGAAGCCGUACAGGCGGAACGACCGCGGGAAGGGCUUCGGGCAGCAGGCGAGCCUCAUGGACCACCAGAGGAUUCAGACCGGAGAGAACCCCUACCAGUGUAACGAGUGCGGGAAAGCCUUCAGCCAGCUCUCGGCCCUCAUCAUCCAUCAGAGAAUUCACACCGAGGAGAAGCCCUUCAAAUGCAACGACGGCGGGAAUGCCUUUAACCUGCACUCGGCCCUUAUUGGACACCAGAGGAUUCACACCGGGGAUAAACCCUACCAGUGUAACGAAUGCGGGAAAGCCUUCAGUCAGUACUCGGCCCUAAUCAAGCAUCAGAGGACCCAUACUGGAGAAAAGCCCUACAAAUGCAACGAGUGCGGGAAGGCCUUCAGUCACCUCUCGACCCUGAUCAAGCACCACAGGAUCCACACCGGGGAGAAGUCCCACAAAUGCCUAACGCGGGAAGCCCCGGGGGAGCGUUCGACCCUUGGCCGUCGGAGGAUUCGAGUGGGAGAAGAACCCUACAAAUGUGACGAACGGGAAGAAGAUCAACCACCCGACCCUUAGUGAGCCGUAGCGGAUUUGAAACGGAAGAGAGCCCUACACGUGCAGCGACCGCGCGAGAGCCGUCGUCCCGAACUCGGAGCCUCCCAGCCGUCUCCCCGAGGGGAUACCUCCCCGGCAACGUUGAGCGUCCCCGAGGCCGGGCUGGUGUCCGGAACUGGCCGACCCGGGGUGCCGUGACUGGUCUUGAGCCGCUCCCUUUGGGCUCGGGGUAAAGCGAAGAGCCGCUCGAAGCUUAGGAGAGUGGGGUGAGGGGAAGGCGAGGGAGGCCUCCCCCGCCACCUUUUCCCCCCGCACUUAAUCAUUCGUGUCGUAGUUUCCCGUAAUAUUUAAUUUCCUUUCCUUCAGAUUAGCGGUAGAGCGACUGACGGCAGACCCCGCUUCCCACGAGGGUAGAGCCCGUCCCUCCUAGUUCGCGGUUGAUGCGACGCCAGAGAAUGAGAAACGAAAGGAAGCCAUCCGGAUGUAAUGAACGCGACCCGUUCCUCGUUGGCCGCUCAAGAUUAUGCAAGUGGUUCACCCGGUCCGAGAUUUCUGUCCUAAAGCAGAAGCGAAGGAGGAUGAGAGCAACACCCGGCGCGACCGCGGUGGCCCGCGCCGGUCCGGGAGGUGCCGUCCGACCGACAUCCUGAACUUCCACCGAAGUAGACCCCGGGUCUCGGCGUACUACGACCCGACUCCUCUUGAAGCUACUGAUGAUUUUGGUCUGCACUACUUUCCCUGCUAACAUUUUGUGUCUUACCGCCUGCGACAAGAAGAAGCGUAUUUUUGAUUCUGUUGAACCUAUCCACUGGAUGCCCAUUGAAUUCUGUCGUAGCGGGAUGGAGUGAACAACGAUUCCAGGUGUCACCUUUCAGCCUUACUCUUUUCCGAACAAUGACUCCUAACUUUUGUCUUUUUUCUUUUAGAUAGAAACAUCCACACCAAAAAGAUAACCUUUGCUUAGAACUUGAAACCUGUUAAGUAGAAGAGAAUUCGUGCCGAAAAGAGAAGCGGGGGGGGGGGGAACCUUCGCCCCGGAGCGGGCGCGACUCUCGGAGAAUGCCUCCCGGAUUAGGAAUUCUCUCAAAGCUCAGUCGACUCGUCGUCGAAGGAUCGGACUUCGUUGUCAGUGAAUUGGGGGAUGCUACAGUUAGGGAGGAACGGGAGACCGAGUAAGACGGCCCCCUUGAAAUCGGGCGGAAGAGCGGACCGCGCCGAGGUUUACGCGUGUCGCUCAUUCAUCCAGUUCUGCGAGUCGGAGAAGCGUCGUGGGCCUCACACUACCCAGAAAGCUAGCUUUUCCAGCGGAGAGCCGGGCGUUUACCCCCCCAUAAGCUAUUAUCGAAACGUCAGGACACGCUCCGCCUGGAAUGACUGAACGCAGACGACGGGCAACGGACACCCGGGCUGCUGCUGCUGCUGCUGCUGCUGCUGAAUUUUGAGCACAGACGGAAUAACCGCGAGCAGGUUAACCCUUGAGCUCCACGGAAGCGUGACUUCAGAUGAGGCCACGGCGAUGAGGACUGUCGAGGGGAGAAAGAGGCAACAGGGAAACCCGCCGGCCGGCCAUCCGGACCCAUCCCGGCUGCCUCGGUGGCGGUUUUAAGGACAUCCAAGAUCUCCCCUUGGGAGCGCCCUCCCUCAACCCGUAUUGCUUCCCGCUGCCGUUCUCGUCCUUGAACGGCCGGCCGGCUCCCGUUUCCUCACUCGCUUGGCUCCUGGUCGGAUUUUUGUGCUUCUUACUCCGGCAGAGUGCACCGGGUCGCUCUUUCCCCGCAAGACGUUCUCUUCCCGAACACUGGAUCUCGUCCGCCUCCCGCCCUCCCUCGAAACCUUUUCCUGACCCGAGUCUCGGGGCCGUCACCCUCUCUCCCAGCUCCCCGGCGUCUUUCCUGCACUGUCCCCUUGUCCGUGAGCUCUGAUCGCCCUUAGUCUCUUUCUCCCCGCCCCGGGUGAUUCCCCGUUUCCGUCUCUGAACUCUUAACUUGCCCCGUUUUUCCGAAGCAGCGCCUAGAUCUUUUAGUUCCUCUCCCGCCCCCAGAACGCCCUGACUCUCUCCAUCUCCGCGGCCCUCGGGAGAAGUCAGCCCUUCUCCCGCGCCAACCGGGAUUCCUGCCGUGCCUUGCUCCAGCCGGGGAGGGUGAGGACGCCGAGGUAGCGCGGAGCCCCGCUUCCCUACCGUCGGAGCGCCGGCUGUGACCCUUCCGACUCCUCGGGCGCCGGGGAGGCCGCGACCGUUGGAUUCGGAACCACCCUGCCUGGGCAAGCGAGGAGCCUGAGACGUUCCCGAAUUAUCCUUCUCGUAUUUAUCGUUUCUUCACGUCUCUCGGUUCGAUCUCCCCCCGCGUGGUCACCCGCCGGCCCCCCUCCCCUACUCCCCUUAGUAGAUUGUGAGCCCCGCGGGGGGCCAGUGGCCGGGCCUCAUCUUCCUCCUCGUGUAUUUUCCUCAAUGCUUAGUA